AUGGCUCUCUAUUCGUCGCAACAGGCUACCCGCUGCCAACGCCAAAAUUGCCCCAAUAAAAAUGUCCAGAAUCAAGGCCAGCUUCGUUUGUUGCGCUCGGCCUACCAGGGCAUGGGAGCGAAGAUGCUGUGCCAAACGUGCUAUGAUUAUUAUGUGCGCAAGGGCGCGCGGGAGGGCAUUCCGGUUGAUGGCUUUCAGAGCGUCCCAAGCGUCCCGAGCGAUGCUGGAAACGGUGCCUCUCGUUUUCAUAUUUCAAAGGAUAUUGCUGCUGCGCAGCGCGGAGAGGCUGCCCAUGUUGUUGCCAUUGGCCAAGGAGGGCGUAGCUCCAAUGCUAUGCUCCCUCCACCCGUUCCGGCUGGACGGGCCGGCCAGUUCAAGCCGGCUGUCCAUGUCCCUGGCGGAGAGGUCUUCAACAUCAUGCUGCGUGACGCCGUUGCUAUUAGCCGGGAAAGGAAGGGUACGAAACUCGGUUAUCAAUCUGUUCACCAAUACUAUCACCGCAUCCGCGAGAUGCUUCAACGCAACGCGCGAGACAGCAAGCUGGUCGGGCCGUCGGAUGUGGUCGUGGUGAAGGCAUCUAUGGUGACGCUCGAGGAAGGCAAAAAAAGGCCGAUACAAGUUGGGACUGUCCAGGAGUCUAUUGGCGACGUCCCUGUGCAUAUUGGUGCCAGGGCUCUCAAGGAUCUGGUUUUCACAACGCUUUACAGCGUGUAUGGAGAGUGGUCCCAUGAAGCGUUGCUCACCUACGAUGAAUGCACACUUCGCAACAAGGACCGUGUCCCGAUCCUUCCGCUCGGUGAAGGCGAAGAUGACCGUGAUGCACUUCCCCUAGCUGCCUCAUUGGCACAGAAGGACAAUGCCCGAAUGGCAAAACCAAGAGUGGCGAAGGUCAACAACCUGAAGCCCAUCGAGGUUGUUUUGGAAAUCCCGUGGGGCACGUACACCAAAGCUCGGUCACAUAAGCGUCAUCGGGAGGCAGGUACAGAGCCCGAGAACGACGACAUCCCAGACGAUGCUGGUUCCAUGUCGAUGGUACGUACAUCAAAGAUCGAGCAUCUUAUGCCACGUCACUGGCGUAGUAGUGAUGCUGCACUGGACUCGGCCAAUGUCCACAACGAAGAAGCCGGUGUAUCAUAUGCCACGACAGCGCCGGUCAGCAAGUCACCGAUCAUGCAAGAGAACAGUGAUCGUAGCUACUAUGAUCGUCCAAGUCACCUCGCCGAGCGCAGUGUGGCACGAUCACUGCUCAGAGUGUAUUCUGUGAACAUCGCUGUUUCUUUCCGCGUGUAUCCAAACAAGACGUUUGCAGCUCUGGUUCGGGAGGCCGGUGACUCCUCCUCCUGGAAUUCACAACAACCGCCGAUUGCUGGCACCGUAUUCUAUAGCCCAGCAAGUGCACCACAGCUAGGGGCGUUCAAAGCAGCAUUUUUCGGUCAGACCAGCCCAGCGCUGCCAGAUUUCCCAUCAUCAGGCAGCGUCGUCCUCAAGCAGAUUUAUAUCAGACGGGAUGACACGGAGCUUCGUGCCAGUGCUGCGAAGGUGCGCAUUGACUUUGCGCCAAGUGGCCAACAAAUCGUGGAGCUAGGACGGGAGAUCUUAUGUCUGCAGUGGGCAUCUGCGCUUAUGAACAUUGUCUACGAGUUUCUCGCAGGCUCUGCUAGGCAGCCGCCGUUUCCCAUUCCGGUGAUGCGUUUUGUUCGCGUGGCCUUAGCGAUUGAGGACAAGGAAUCAAUAGAGCGCAAAGUGUUCAUGGUGGAAGAACGCAUUGAUCCACGGGAACACGGGGUGUGGCGUAAGUACAUCAAUAAUAACUCCCCGACGCCCUUGCUGUCGACCUCGUGUACGCCGGCACUGCAGCACAUCGCAGACUUCCUCGUCUUCUGUCAGCAUGUUCAGUAUAUCAAGACUAGUGGUCUAGCAUUUGUCUCCGAUUUCCAAGGUGGUACUACGUUGCUGUCAGAUCCACAGAUUAUCACAGCACCGCAAGUCGGGGACGUGUUUGCAGGUGGAAACAUCACGUCUGCAUACACCAACUUCGUCGCAGAGCAUGACUGCUCGAAGUUCUGCAAGUUCUUUUCCUUGGAGGAAGUUGGUAUCCAGAGCACGCGACGUUCAAAUGGUCUGGAUACGCAAGCAUCUUCGCGGGCGACUAAUAGAAAGCCAGCUUCAUUGGUAGGUGGUGUUCGGACACACCGGGAGGCAUUGCAGACCGCUGUUCCGUCUAUCCAAGGCGUAGGGAAUGGAGAACCAGAGCCGCUGUUUCAACCCACUCGAGUUGCUACUGGGUUACGCACAGAGCAGACCUCAGCCUCAGGGUCCAACGCCGUUCCAGAGCACGGCAUUCUUCCUGGCGGUGCAAUAGUGCAUGAGGACGGAAGGGAAUGA